GAAAUAAGAUAAAAUUCACAGUCGGAUAAAAUCAGGCAUCUAAAAAUGGUAGAUUCGGACCAUUUUUGUAGGUUAGGUCGAUUUACCCGAAACACUCAACUUUUUUUUUUAGGCCUAGUUUUAAUAAGUUAAAUACGGCUAAAGAAGAUUUGUUUUGAAUAAUUCAGUAGAGUAUGUAUGAACAUUGCUUUAAAGCUUAAUAUAUGUGCCAGAGGAUUGUCUAAAUUUAGAAGAAGAGGCUUUCCAGAGGUUCAGUAUGCAAUGUUGACACGUGUUAGUAAACCGCAUAAAAAAUGAACUGACAAAACAAUGUAAUGGAUGGUACAUCACAAAUGACAUUCCUGUCCCCUUUCUGUUAAAAAACUUGCUUUUUUAUGGGCUCAUAUUCACAGUUUGUUGGUUCUGUUCAUUGAUUUAGGGGGAGGGGGUUGUAUUAUAAUGUUUUUUAUGUUUAUAGUUAAUGCAACACUCACUGCUUUAAAUUGGCCACAUGUGGGUUUCUAACCUUAAUUGAAAAAUCACUAUUGAUUUUUUUCUUAUUCUGGAUUGAGAGGGAAAAUGCCAUUAUGAAUGUAAACAGAUAUUUCUUACCUUGUACAAAACCCUUUGAGGUUUAAAAUGGUUACAGUAGUGCAUUGAUUUAUGAAUUUUUAGAUAGUCUGUGUAGAACUCUCUUUGCCUCUGUGAUGAAUGUAGGAUGGUUUAUAUGAAAGAUUUAUUGACACAGUUGAGAGUCGGUGGUCUCUGAUCAAUUUCUGAGUAUUCUAGUGUGAAAAAUUCUACUACAGCACUAUAAUGUUGAUACAGCAUCACAUUUUACGAGUGAAUGUGUUUGAACAAGAAAGAUAUCGAACACAGCAAUGAGAGGUUUCUCUGGGAUGUAAUAUAAAGAGGAAUGGUAAUUUGCUAUUGCCAGGCGUGGAUUUUUUUCCUGAUCAAUGAAAAUUGUGCUACAUUUAAAGAGGACAGAAAGAGGACUCCCUGCUGGAACAUGUGAAAAUUUCAAUCCCAAUACACAUUGCCUCUUAGACUUGAGCUUGUAAUGUAUCUAUUGUCAAGUAAUGAAAGAUCACUGUGGGUACUAAUUACUUUUAGGUAAAGCCUUGGUUGGUCAUUAUCGAGAAAAGUAAUUUCACCUGAGUUUUCACCUGGUUUCGUACUCAGCAGACUACUCAGGUUAGAGUUGUGUAAGGGAAAAAAGGGGAAAUCGAUUGCCGUUUCCUUUGUAGCUAAUGUCACAAUCAGGUCACACUCGAUGAUUUGGGUCCUUACUUUGUAAAUACUUUUGAGCUGAUUGGUCAUAUAGAAAGGAUUCUCUUUAAUGUCAAAUGUAGCCAGCCAGAGUCACUGCCACUGGUCAAGUUAUCAUUGGGUCUGAUUUUUAUGGCUAUUCAGAUUUCUGUGCAUGGACUGAUGUUUUUGUGCCUGAAGUCUUUUCAUGCCAUGGAUACCUAUUAAUCAUUUUUAACAUCAAGUAAUCUGAUAUGUGUAGAACAAAAGUGUAAGACAUGGAAUUCUUGACUGCUGAUGGCUGAUUACACAUGUUUCAGUCUGUGUAUAUCACAUCUGAUGAGGAGAUAGCAUCUUGUGUUUACAAUAUGAUUUUCUCCUCCCCUUGCGUGAACCCCAUUAUUUCUCCGAGACUCAGCAGCCUGAUUCAUCUAAAAAUACCACGCCAGAGAGCACAUUUCUAGAUGGAGAGCAUUCCCCAUUCAUGUGUGAACAUUUCUUUGAAAUAUUAGGCUUGGAUUUCUUUGGAUUUGUCGAUACCUGGUUCAUUUUCAGGCUUGGGUGAUUUAUUAGUGUAAAGUCAUCAACAAAAUAUUGUUACUGACUAUAACUAUUUCCACCUGAUGCGUCUGUUGUGAAUGUGUAAACCUUCAAAUAUUGUGUGCUUGAUACUGACUUCCAUUUAGUUCAGUUAUGGUAUACUCCUAAAAGGUUAAAAGUAGAUGCCUCUGAACAGUGGAAGAGAAAGCAGAUCUACACAACGAUAAGACUAAUGGAUUGAUGUCCAUCCAAAACACUUACGGACUGAUUCUUACGGCAACGAAAAUGGCAUGGAAACACAAACAAAACGCACUUUAGACAUUCCUCUGGAACUUAAAAAAACAACUUCAAGAAAACUACCAUAACUGAGUACUUUCUAGUUUAAGUUGGAUUCUACUUUCAAAAAAGAGAGGGAAUAUCAAAUUUCGAUCAAAAUGAGCUUCAAUAAGGAAAAAUCCUAUGGCGGAACCAACCUCCUAGAUUCACCGUCUGAGGCGAAAAGACGGCGAGUGGUGGGAGAUGAUAUGUCUGUGACGAGUACGUUAAGUAGUCUUGGAGACAGUCGCUCGCACUCCCCUACUUUUUCGGAGACGCUGGACGACAGUUUCCUAAGCACACCUGGAAACUCUCCGGCGACAACAUUGAAACUAAAAGAAAAAUUUCGAGUCAAAUAUGGUAGAACAGAGUUCAUAUCUACCAUUGAACAAUACCUUUUGGAUAAAGAUAUCAUUGAAGCUUGCCAGUCUCCAGAUGACGUAGAGGAUGUAGACGGCAACAAGAAGGUUUCACUGAUGGAGUUCCGCCAACAGUACCGAGAGCUCUCCCAGUGGCUGACCAACGUCCAGAGGGUGGCCCACAAGUCACUGGUGUCCCAGAUGCUCUCGGAGAAGUAUUUAGCACAGAGCAACAAUCUAGACCUCCUUAACAAGUCUCUGACCAGGCGCAAAUCUUUCCUGGACUAUGCGAAACAGCUCCUUCACCGUGAGCCAAACCAUAAACAGGAAAUCGAUGAAAGGGUCAGCUGCCUUAACAAGAUGUGGAGCACACUGGAACAAGAUGUCAGUGGCAAGGCCAUGUGGCAGAACACGGGGACCAUGAUUACAGAUCUUGAAAUGGACUUGAAGACCCUGAGAGCCUGGCUAACAGAGACUGAUCACAAGUUGUUUUCGAUGUCGUCCGAUUUCCUGAAGUCGGAUGAUGAGUUGAAAGAAUGCCUGGAUGAACAUAAGAUACUACAGAAAGACAUAGAGUCAAAAAAUCGUAACAUCAGUGCAGUUCUUCGCUUGAGUGAACUUCUUCACAAUGACCUUGAGGAGUCAAUCAAGCAUGAAGUUUUCCCUCUGCAACAAUUGGCCCUUGAUCUACAGCAGAAGUGGCAUGAGAUUUGGCUUGAAUCUUUAGAAGUUCAAUGCAGGCUGGAAAAUGCCCUGAAAGGAGGCAAAAAGAAUGAAUUAUCACCAAAUACUUAUUUAAGUGGCUGGAUACCUACCCACUUCUCUGAGGAGAAUGACCCAGGACGGCUGAAUCUCUCUUCAGACGACAGUUUCCAGACUCUUCUGCCGCGUCAGGCAGACCUAGUGGAAUCUCCGCCUUAUGAUUGCUUCCUGUCCAGUGACAACAGUGGCAAGGACAGUGCAGUGGUCAGUGAAGUGGAGAUUAAAAUGUCCUCAGAGUGCAGCGACUCUGACCUUGACAUGCUGAGAAGGUCACAUCAGAGGUCAGAGACUCGGGACAUUGGAUACAGCAGUGGCACUUCGAUAUCUCCAUUUGCGGUUGGUCACACCAGUACGGAAUCCGACUGUGAUGAUAUCAAGAAGCUCAUUGAUAAUGUGGAGAAUCUAGUGGGGGAGAAACAGAAAUCUCCACCCAGGCAGAGGAAAUCUGAGAGCCCUCAGAAAAAGAAGGGCCCGAUCAGUUCCUGUGACGCCAGUAGUGAGGACAGUGACGCCUCACUGGAGGAAUUCUCGACAGCCUCAGACGAUGCUGAGGGACUGUACGACAGUGUGUUGGGAGGGUUAGAGUACAACUCGGAUGUAUCUCUGCCCAAUAACCUCCCAAAGUUAUAUAAUACUGCCAAGCUUAGGCAGAAUGGUAAGAAAAAGAAGGAUCGACCAUGGAGUGCGAUCCAAAUCAAAGAGUCAGAUGAUGACUCGGUGACCUUUUCAAGGUCAGACACAGCCGUGGAACAACUCAGGGAUGCUCUGGACAGUCCCACUGGACGAAACACCCUGCCACGAGCUGGAGCCAAGAGAAAGCUGUAUGAGGCUGAGGCAGCUUACAACUCGGAGUCAGGAGGCUCAGGAUCUGAUGAUUAUGCUACUGCCCACAGUGAAUAUCUUGUCUCGGAAGAAGAUGAAAACAUGGCUAGCACAGCCUCAUUCUCAGAACCUACCUGGGAUAAUUACCAUCAGGUAUACACCUCACUGGGUGAGGAGGAGGAGCAGCCUUUGACGUGGAGACCUCUAGAGGAGGACUUUGAAUUUGAUGAGGACAUUCCCCAGUACUCGGCCACUAAUGUCCCUCUGUCCGAAAAGAAGAAAGUAUCCAGACCCAAACUGGUCAGUCAGGGCAGUAGACCAGGGUAUGAUAGUGACUCAGACUUGGAGGACCUUAAUUGUUUCAUUGAGGACUCCAUUGGUCAGCUAAAGAUCGCCGAUCACUAUCUGAAAAAGAAGAGCAAGGAAUUCAUUGGAACAGGAGUGGAGAUCAACACAAAUAAAUACAAUGAAAUCAUCGCCACCUGUGAAACAAAUAUUGCCUGUCUGAAGAAUGUUCUACAGCAUCUCAAUGAGGAUUUCACAGAGGAAGAGAUUGACAAAAUGAAAGAUAUCCUGACACAGUGGGAGAGGCUGCAUGCCUUUGCCAAGGAACGGCAGUCCGAGUCCAGCGAGUUGUCAAUGAUGAACAAGUGCCUGGAGGAAAUGGAGGCUGAGCUCUCCAGCUGUGACGAGGGAAUCAAGGCAUUUAAAAGCCUGCGAGAUGUUGAACAUAGCCUUAUCAGCACAAAGCAAAAGUUGGAGGGUCUACCCUAUAUUGAGCACAAAAUCACAGGGCUACACAAAAUGUGCAGUGGAUUCCAGCUGGAUCAUCCAGCUAUUAAUUUACUGUCAUUUAGUCAGAAGGUCAACAAGGCUGGCAGUCAGCUCACCAGAACCAAGGAUAUACUGACAAAGCAGUUGUCAGAGUUGGAAACAGUGUUCCAGAUCUGGAGCGACUACAGUGAGAAGAGGAACACUCUUGAGGAGCUUCUGUCCUCAGAGUUUGACAUGGAUCUGAUGAUGGCAAACAUGCAGAGGGAGGACGCCACACAAUACCUCAAUUCUGUGAAUGAAAAUCUUCAGAAAUAUGAGGAAACGUGUGGUCAACUGCAGAUACUGCGUGGGCGAUUGAUGCAGUUUGCGGAUGAGCAUACGAAGGUGGAUAUAACCAAUGAGACGGCUGAUAUCCAGGACCGGAUGCUGGAGGCCCAGCGGCAGUACAGGACCUUGUUAUGGUCAAUCAAUCAGGGAUCAAUAGCUACACCAGAAAAGAUGAAAACUCAGCAGAGUGACCUAGCGUCCAAUUCCACAGCAGCAGCUACAGGUCAGAACAGAACACCGUCCAGGUCUUGGUACCGCUCAGGAUACGUAAAGGCAGCGGGGGCAUUCGUUAUGUUCGGUAUUGCCUAUCUCGUGGACCCUGAUGCUAUCAAACGCUUGGGUGAUCUCACAGUUACACUUGCACCAGAACUACGAUAUGUCAAUGGUCCACCUCCUAUUUAAUUUUGUAAAAAAAAAAUGACUUUUGUAAAUGUUUAGGGUACUUGUAAAUAUGAAAAUGGUUAGGAAUGAUAAAAAAAAUAUGAAACCAAAAAAAUCUAAAAGGAAAACUAUUUUAUGAUUAGCACAUUUUAUUAAAUAUAUAUUGUUAAGGUUUUUUUUUUUUAGAAAAAAAAUAGUCUGUAACAAUACAGAUGAGUUUGUACAUAAUUUAAUCAGAAUUUCAUGUACCGGUAAUUGAUACAUAUCACAAUUGUACUUAAAAACAUUACAACAGUGUAUUACACUAAAUGGACAGCAACUUAAACUAAUUUAAAUAGUAAUUAUUUUAACAUACGAUUUUUCCACCUGUUACUUUUGAAUUGCAUUUCCUAAAAAUCAAUAAUUUGUAUUAUAAAGAUCUGAAUUUCUAAUAACAUAGGUUCUUAGACUCUAGUGCGAAGUGACUUUCAAAUUGAUAUUAAACACAAUCAGUUUAACACUGGCAGCUAUUCCACAACAGAGCCCCAAGGCUGGGGGCGUGCCCUGUAUGCUAUUUAUAUUUUGUCUCAUCAGGUUGUAGAUGUCUCUGUGCUAUUUGUACAUAGCUUAUUUAUUUUGUUCUGGUAUUUUUGUAUGACAAGGUCAUAUAUAUAUAUAUAUAUUUUGUGAGACCAAAUUUUAGUUGCUCUGUGCCCCUGAUCUCAGAGGGACAAGUUCGAUCACAGCUGGUCUUGCAUUGACAUUGUAAGUUGAUGCACAAAUCAGGGUGUACAAUUUAUGAAGAUGAGUAGCAUACUUGAAUCAAACUACUUUUAUUACAUAUGAAUAAUCAUUUCCCAGAAGUGAUUAUAUUAGGAGUUUGAAAUGUAUGCUGAUAUGGCGAAAACGUGAUGCUAUUCUUUAAUGCUAUGUCAUGUAAUGUUCCAUUAGAAGGGUUUGUUAUCUUUCUCUCACAGAGAAUUGAGAUAUAAGCCAGUGGAGAAAAAUCAAAUUCAGAAAUGAUACCAAGUCAGAAACAUGUUUAGAAAAAGUAUCAGAAUAUGAAGAAGAGAAAAUAAUUUGUGUUUUUGGAAGCUACCGAAAUUUUUACCAAUUCAGAAUAAGAAAUUACAAGCAAAUACAAUGUUAAUACAAAUGAGAAUAAGACAUUGCUAUAGUGACACCGGGGCAUUCAGACUAGAAAGGAGUAUUGUGCUUGAUUAAAGAACAAAUUCUUAUAGAAAUGGACCCCAGUAGAACUGACACCAUCCAGGAAGGCAAAAAGUCAAGGGGUUCAAUUGUACAUAUACAUUGACGGACAUAUCUCGGUGCAGGUGUAAUUGUUUCAGAUUGAUCAGUUCUCGUUGCGUGUCCAAAUGGUGCUUAGUUUCUUAAGGUUUCUUCUUUAAUGGUUUUUCAUUCAAUCUGAAGCAAUUACCAAAGGUUUAUAUUUAUGCACACUUGUAUUCAUUCACUUAUUCAAGUGCUUUGUAUGUAUAUAUACAUCCUCAUCAUGUUUUCUGUAUGUUUCUGAUUUUCCAUUUUUCAUCCACAACAGUGUUGUGAUAUUUUUUUUUUGACUCUUGUUAAGUUUUUGUGGUUUUGUUUUUGAUUUCAAAAUGUGCAAUUUUAUUAAUUUGUUUUUAGAGUCUAAUUUGCUAACCCUAUUAUGGGAUAUUUUAUACACACUGAGAUUAUAUAGAUUUAUUACAAUUUUUAAGAGAGAUUGCAAAUUAUUUUUGAUCAUGACCUUUGAUUUAGGAAAUAAGAUUGUGCAAACAGUAUCAACUAUCACCUGCCAAAACGUGCCAUCAGUUUCCUUAACUGCCUGGACACAAGAUUCUUUUCUGGUGUUUUAUGUUUGCUUAUAAAAUGAAACUUUUUCAUUAAGUGCUAUUGAAUGUGUCAUUCUUUGUAUGUAAUACAUGUAUAUCAAAAUCAUCAAGUUUCUUUAAUGCUCAAGUUCAAAAAUUGUGUACUCCAUCAGUUUGUGAAAUCUUUUAUUUGAGCAGUUUUACAGUUUGUUACAUUUUAAUAACAAACUUGUCAAGAAUGUCUGAUAAUUGCCUUAUAUUGCCUAUAGGUGACAUUUUCCUCACAUUUUUAAUCCAAAAAUCAUUUAUAGAAUAUACCUCAGUCAUUCGAAAAUGACAAUUCAUGGAUGUGUUCUUUGUAAUAGACAGGCGUCUAUUGGAAGAUGAAUCUUAUGAUUUUUUUUACCGCAUAUACACUGGGUUUGAUCCAAUUUCAGCCACAUGUCAGAGCAUUAAAGCUACUUCUUUGUAUAUAUACUAUGUUUUCAUUUUCCAUGUAAUUAGUCUACACGGUUUACUUCAGAUGUGUACUCUAAAACGACGUAGUGUGUUUGAUACCAGGUUCAUUCAUAUCGAUUUCAUUUCAAAUUUGUUUGAAUUUUCAGAGUACUAAUAUUAGGAAAAUCUUUAUUAAUUAAAAAGUAAAUUUAAAGUUUGUAUUUUUCAGGAAAAAAAAUAAUAAUGCUUUAAAAAACCAUUUCUAAAAAUGUGUACGAAUAAAUGAACACUAAAAAAUUAAAGGUUGUGGCAUUAUGUUUAUUAUAUAUAUGGAUAGAAAUAAAUAAUGAUAAACCCAAA